AUGACGUCGAAUGUGAGAUCCUCGCUGAUAUAUCAGGUUCUGAUGCAUGCGCAUCGAUCAUAUUCGUUUGUGUUCUUCAUUAUGCUCGUUUUUCUUUACUUUUACAAAGGAUCAGUUUUGCCGUACCAGUAUCACGUGCGAGUUCUGGAAUUUUUCAUCAUCUUAGCUUUUGCUCCGAUUGAAGCUAUACGACUUGCAUGGGGAAUUCGUGGAAAUUUAACAGAAACACCAGCCUAUUUGGCAUUUUCACUGCUGCUCAGCGUGCCCGUCCUCUUGAUUCUCAUCUAUCUGGCUCUGUUUCCAAAAUUACGGACGUUCAUUAUUAAAUCGGCAGCAGUUAACACUAGCAUGAGUCAACAAGGAGACUGA